ACUACCCUACUUUUAGACGUUUGGCUUUUGACUUUUCUCAUUUCUAUUAUUUAUUGUUCAAUUUUAGUUUUGAUUGUUCAAUGAUCUACGCUAUUUAAAUGUUUGUCUUCAACUAAAAUAUCAAAGUAAUAAUUUAUUAAAAUGGAAGCCGCUGUUGAAGAAGUUCCUAAAGAAAGUACAAAGAAUUCUUUGCCGGAAAAUAGCGCGGCAGAAAAAACACCUACCCCUCCUCCUCAGGAUCCUCCAAAGAAAUCAAAAAAAGAUGACCGCUCAAAAAAAGAUGACAAAAACAUUGAACAGUUCAUGAAAUCCCUAAACUCUGUUCCGUCACUAGAUGAGAAACUAUCACAAGUUUGUAAGAAAUAUGUUCAAACAGCUGAUGACAAUAAAAAACUUCAGUUCUAUAUCAAGCAGUCCGAUAAACGUUAUGCCUUGCUGGUGAAGGAGAAAGAACAGCUACAGCAUGAGUAUAAUAAGGCUGUGUUGGUCAAAUCCAAGCUUGAGAACCUUUGCAGGGAGCUGCAGAAACAGAAUAAGGCAAUCAAGGAGGAGUCAAUCCUCAAAAUCCGUGAAGAGGAGGAGCGUCGCAAGGAGACACAGGGCAAGUUCCAGAACACACUCACAGAGAUCACAGCCCUGCUUCAGCAGAACAAUGAGAAGAAUGCCAAGCUGAGGGACGACAACAUCAGCAUGACAGAGAAGUUUAAGAGUGUCGUGCAGCAGUAUCAGUUGAGAGAACAACAGGUGGACAAAAUGGCGAAACAAAUGGCAUUAGAAUCUCAACUCUCUGAUGCUAAGCUGCAGAAAGCUGCACUGGAGCAUCAAGCGGAGAAGGAACGUCUCCUCGCAGACAUGGAGACGUUGAAAGUGAACCUGUCACAGCUGAGAGCCAAGAAUAUUGAGCUCCAAAGUAAUGAGUCAGGGUUGAGGGGGCAGUUGGCGGUUUACACUGACAAAUAUGAUGAGUUCCAGAAUGCCUUGGUGAAGAGUAACCAAGUGUUUGGUGGGUUUAAGGAGCAAAUGGAGAAGAUGUCAAAGAAGAUCCAGAAGUUGGAGAAGGAGUCUCUCUCGUGGAAGAAGCGCUGGGAGACGUCGCAGAGCGCUCUGCUGGACAUGUGCGGAGAGAGGCAGGCCAGCGAGGAGAGAGCAGCUGCUGCGGGCAGACAUCUGCAGCAGAUGCAGAGUCUAUGCAGGACCCUGCAGGCGGAGCGCACAGUACUCCUGAACAGUCUUAAGGAGCACAACAUCGAGCGACCGCCACUGCCCACCCCGCCGCCCGCGCCCGCUGCCCCUGCCCCCGCGCCUGCUAGCAACUCUAAUGUCGACGCGAUGGCUGCCAACUGCGUGCAGUUAAGACAGAGUCUUGCACACUUGCAAAGUCAGUUAAACGUCCUAACCAAUAAGAAAGAAGAAUCACCUAAACCGGAGAAACAAAAGAAAUCUAAAUCAAAAAAGAACAAAACAGAUAAAAAAUUGUCUCAAGAAAAAGAAGCCGAAGCUAACGUGAAAGACAGCUCAGAGAAAAGUCAAGCUAAUGUUGAAGACCCUAAGGAACAAAUUGGAGAUAGCAAAGAGGAAAAGAUAGAUAGUAAAACCAUGGAAUCUCUCAUACAAGCUAUAAGCAUGGCGAACAUCAAUAUUUCUGAAUUAGGAGAAAAUGACAAAAAUGGUACAGAGAAUGAUGAGAAUGGAGAAAAUGUAAAUAAAGUUGGAAAUGCUGAAACUGAGACGGAAAGUUCUAAUAAAGAUGUCACAGAGACACAACAAGUAGAAGAAAAAGUAUUAGAGAUAGUAUUAGAAGCAAUGAAAGAUAAGGAGCUAAUUCUAGAAACAAGUAAAGAUGAAAAGUCGGAAUCUCCAAAAGAUGUUACAUUAGAAAUCGCACAGACAGACAAUCUAGAAACAGCGGUUUGUAAUGAUACUAAAAUUACUGAUGCUAUAGAAAAGGAUAAUGUUGAAGUGAAACCAAAAAUUGAUAAUACAGUUGAAAUUGUUGAUGUCAAAGUUGAGGAAAAUCUAAUUGUUGAUGCUAAAUUAAAAUCUAACAAUAUCAACCACAUAGUUGAUAAAGUUGAUGUUAAAGCAAUAGUUGACCAAGUUCCAAAUGAUAUCAACAAUGAUAAACUAGAAGUAUUAAAUGCUGAAGCAAGUAUUAUUUUAGAUGGUGAUAAAAUAGUUGAUGAUAAACCAAUCAGUGAUUAAUAAAUUGUUUUUAACAUGAUUUUCAAUUGUACAUAUAAAAUUGUGAAGUAAAUAUAAGUUUGAAGUCUUUAUUGAAUCGUAACGCGAUACAGGUUGACAAUGACAAUUAAUUAAUAUAAUUUGAAGUCAAUUAAUUAAAUUAAGUGUUUUAUACGAUUUUGUAUUUUCUUUGCUUAUUAAACUUGCAGCCUUACUAAAAUAAGGUUUGUCAAGCUGUGAAGGCUCUCGGUCUAUUAGCCUCAUUAAAUGGUCAGUAUAAGAAACAUGGUGCUAAUUUUCGCUUACAAUCGAGUUACGAUUUUAGAAAGAUAAUUUUGUACUGCCUAAUUACUCUAUAAAGUUGGAAAUAAAUUAGUCCAGUCAAAUUGCAAUUUUCUCUAAUGUUCUCUUCUAAAGACCUAAGAUUUGCGCCAAAAGAUGUGUUGGCUCAGACCAAUUACCUUCUAUAAGACCUGCCUUGCUAGAGGUUACCCCUCUUUCAAAAAUAAAUGAUCAUGAUCAAUCGAUGUUUCAUUGUGUGUUGUCGUGUGUGUAUUACGAUUUAAAAUUUAUAGUUGUGUGUAGUGUAAGGUCACAGGAUAUAUUUAUUGGUGUUAAAUAUGUUCGAUGUGUGAGUUUACCUCGUCCCCCUCAUAAAACGACAGACAAUUGUUGGUGAAUUAUAUGUGACACAAGUCUAAUAGAAGGUAAUUUAACCAAUAAUAAAAAAUCUCCGAUCGGUUGAGGACUCAGUUUGCUUUAACCUCUUUUGAUUUGAGUUUUUAGCCUAUUAUUAUUCACAUUAUUGGCUGAUUUGACUGGACCACAUUUGCAACGUAUGAAACUCGCGUUACUAUUUGUAUUGAAGCGAAUCAAUUCUUAGUAUAUUGAUUUGACACAUCAAAAAAGUUUUAGAAUCUUUUUUGUCGAUUCUUUGAUUUGAGUAUGUACCAUUUUGAUCUUAUAAAAGUAAACAAUAAAUGAAUGAUAAUUGUUACCGCAAACUUUUGAAGAACUUACAUUUAAGUAUUGAUAGUUACUUUUUAAAACUUUUUGUCAAAUACCUAUUAUUUAACCUAAAUAUUGACAUGCGACAAAACGCGACAAUCGCGUCGUGAACUUAAUGUAGUAUUUUAUUAAGUAUAAUCCUUUCACUUUUGAUGUCGCGAGUUAAAAGCGUAUUUUUCUGUCGUGUUUUCUUUUUAGUAUUUUGAUGGUAUGUAUGUUUUUUUUUAUUUUGUGUUGUGAAGUUUGGUUUUAUUCAAUUACAAAGUGCCUGAUAGUUAAUGUCUAGUCAAAACAUUUGAAUCUGUGAUUCUGAUCCGACGCGUUUUAUAAGCAUUAUAAAAAAAAAACAUUUCAUAAAAAUAUUUUACAUUUUGAUUUUCAUGGAUUUUUAAUGAAAAUUUACAAUGUAAUUGCACAAUUUGAUUAGUAUAUCUAAUUAAUAAUUUAAAUAAGCCGUCAUUUUAUUAUUUCCCACCAAAACUUGGUGUGUAGCGUGCAGAAUUUAUAUUAUAAAAAAAAAAUAUUUUGAAACCUUGUUUAUGUUCAACGAUUUAAAUAGGAUUUUUGCUCUAAAUCCGAUAUUAUAGUUAAGUAUUUAUAAACAAGCGACUGUCGCGUUAGUUUGCGUCUAACGCAUUGUACUGACUAAUCAAAAUAUUAUAAAUGUAACUUGUUACAUUUAUAAUAUUUGAAUUUUAAUGACUACUAUAUGUUACUAUCAAUAAUUGCAUAUUAUACUCCUCUCAUUCUGAGAGGAGACUCGUGCUCAACAGUGAGCCGAGUAUGGGUUGUUUAUGGUGAUGGUUUUUUUUAACAAUGUAAUUAAUGUUGCACGUUACACAAAGUUCAAGUAUUAAGUUAUAAUAAUUUCAAUUAUUUUUUAUGAGAAUUCUGAUUAAUCUUUGUCUGGAAUAAAGAAGAAUGUUUUGAAUGAC